AUGGGGAAGAAACGCCCAGCAAAAAAGACUUCUGAGUCAACAAAUAAUAGUGCAACAGUUGUAAGCGGGCACGACGUUCGAUUUGAGCUUUCAGACGAAUCAGCAGGGGCAUCAACACGCCAAAAUCCAAAUAGUAAGAAGAGCUCUAUUCCACAACGGGCGGAAGCCGAGGUCUACGACGAUGAGGCUGAAUACCCAAGUUCGAGAGUUAUCAAAAGAGCAGCCAAUGGAGACGUUAUAGUCGAAUCGCUAGAGGGACCGGAGCGGGUGAAGCCCGACAAGGAAGACUCCGGCAUCACCGCCAAGCUUGAUCUGCAUUGGGAAUCGUUGAGUAACGAAGAGAAAAAAAGAAUCCUACGGAUUGAAAAGCAAGAGGUCUUUGAGGUCAUCAAGAACUACCAGUCCAGUAACAACUGCAACUGCUCAGUGUGUGGGCGGCGUAACGUCGCCAUGGAGCAGGAACUGGAACAGAUAUACAACCGACUUUACGACAGCGCUAAAGAGAGCAAUUCGGAUACAGACUUUGUACUUUUUCACCUGAACAUGAUCAAAGAGCUUCAAAAGGCAAACACCAGCGCGAACGCAAGUGCGACCACCAUUUCUAAUAACGAGCGUACAAGCCGAACUAUCGCCGACGCUCCUUCACCGCAAUAUCUCGAUGACAUGCGGGAUGAAGCUGUUAAGUACUGUCUGUCCAAUAAGGCUGUCGAAUCUUUGAAAGAGGAAGUUCUUCAGUUUAAGCACAACAAACAACGACAACAGCAGAUCCAGCAACAACAGCAACAACGGCAACAACAACAUAUACCACUUCAUCCGGGCGUUGCAGAACACUUCAAAACUACAGAGCCUGUCUUCGAACAGCAUCAGCAGACAACGCAUAAUCCUGCACAGCAGUCAUCUUACGAUCAUCACGAACGCUUUCGAAGCCCGUUAGAAAGCGUUGGGACUAGUUCAGACACUUUGAGAGAAAUGGAUAAUCAGAUGCGGAAAAUGAUGCAGCAGCCGCCAACGAUGAACGGUGCCAAUUUCAAAGGGCAAUCAGAUGACACAGUGCGAGAUAUCCGGUCAGAGUUUUUGAGCUCAGAACUGCCUAGUGGAAUGCCUCUGCCUUCCAAUGAUCACAUUCCAGAAACUAACGAAGAGCUCAAAGAUCGUUAUAUGUCUUUUGCUAAAACCUUCGUCUCCUCUCAUCCCAAGAUUGCUCAUGAAUACGUGAAUCGAAUGAUGAUGUACCCUGAUAUGAGAGCUUUGACUGAAGAUCUGAUGUACAACAAUGGGCAAAGCUUUAUAAAGGCCAUGGAAGACUACGUAGUGCAAAAAGGAGACGUACCUCAAGAACAACCGCCUUCUGAAGAUCACUCUUCAUCAGGGUCCUUCGCUCCGGACAGAGUUCCUUUGACUCCUGAACAGUACGCUAGUAUCCAGAGGCACAUCGCAGCCGGAAUGACCGCAUCUUUUGAGUCACAGGCUCGCGAAUUACAGAGUACUCGCGAAGGAGACGGGAAGGGCCUGUUUGAACAAUUCCUUGCAGGUGAAGAUCCUAUUAGCAUGCUGCUUAAAUCUGUUACAAAGCAAACCGCACAUCCUACCGAACAUAUGAUGACAACCCAAGAGAUUCAAGAGGAAAUUGACUAUGAUGACGAAGACGAAGACGAAUACGAGGAUGACGAGUAUUCUGAUUACGAAGAUGAGGAAGCAUCGGAAUAUGAAGGCGAUGCUUACGUGGACGAUGAAACCGACAACUCUCAAUAUCAUCAACAGCAUCGUACGCAUCCCUCACGUCAUCGCCACGACCACGAAUUAGAGGUCGGCGAUGAAGAUGUUAGCACUGCUGGCAACGAAGAAGACUAUGAUAGCGGCAUUGACGAAGAGGAGCGCUUGGAAGAAGGGAGGAGACUGAUACAAAUCGCGAUAACAAAGCUGUUACAAAAAAAGCUGGUCGAUUCUUUUCACGAAAAGCAAGCUGAGGAAAAUCGGUUAAGGUUGUUGCAAGAACUGGAAGCAGAAGAGCAGAAAAAGCGUGAGAAGGAGGAGAAAAAGCAACGUAAACGGGAGAAGGAAAAGGAGAAGAAGCGAGCUCAACAAGUCGCUAAGGAGCAAGAAAAGCGCCGGAAAGAGGAAGAGGAAGUGCGGCUAAAGAAGGAGGCUGAGGAACGUGAGAUGCAAAGAAGAGAAACUCAAAGACAACGCGUUGAGGAGGCCAAACGAAAGAAGGAUGAGGAAAGAAAGAGGAAACUAGAGGAGCAGAGGCGCAAAGAAGAAGAACAACAGAAACAGAAGAAGCUGAAGGAAGAACAAAGGCGCAAGCGUGAGGAAGAAAAACGUUUGAAAGAAGAUAUCAAAAAGCAGAAGGAGGAAGAAUUGAGAAACACCAAAGAGCUGAAGCGACUAGAACAGGAGCGUCGAAAGCAAGCAGAAGAAGCUAUCUUACAGCAGGAUCUCAAUCAAGCAAGAGGCUCUCAAACUCCCUCGCACCGCCGUUUGAGUACUCCACCAGAAGCUGUGCCGUAUGGCGUCCCUAGCGCAGCCCAAGCUAACGAAAACAACGACCUAUUCCAUAUGAUUAAUGAAGCUGCUUCCAAAUCUCUAUCAUCUUCUUCCUCGCAUUUGCAAGCUCUACUCCAGCCUCAGCUAUCACGGACAGCUGUGCAACAACCGCCGGCAACAGGGAUGUCUCUUCCCGGCAUGAAUACCAACGCAAACUGGCAACCUUCUGAGACAUUUUCAAAUCCGUCCUUUGACUCUCUGUCGGCCAGUGGAAAGUCUUUGGAAAAUUCCUGGAGCAAUGUAGGUGGAUUUUUUCAGGCCUCGCCAAGGAAGGCGCCCACUAACCAAAUUGAUCCCCAAAGUGCGGCUGGCCCACAACAUGGAGUGCCCCUUUAUUCUCAGUUCGGUAGUAACGCAGGCGAGCGCAAGGCCUCUCUUAACGACGAGUUAGACAAUUUGACAAACUUUUUGUCGUCCACUUCUCUAGGUACGAGUCAUACUGCAUCGGGGGGCUUUCAUUUGCCAGAGCAUCUAUGGUCUGCAGUUGACCAAAGUAGUCAUCCAAUCAGUCAGUACAUGCCCAGCUCCGCCCCCCCUGUGAAUAGCGGUGUCAACGCUCAAAGAAAGUCCAUAUGGGAAAACGAUGCUCCUUUGGGAUCUAGCCCCAGUGUAGGGACUAUCACACCCAGCAUAUGGGGCGGAAUAAAUAGCAAUGCCUCUGCGGUUUCUGCUGUACCCACUGAUGUUCUAGCGGACUCCAUUUUGGCAGCCUAUCCAAUUUCAAGUCACGAAAUUAGCUCCGAUUACGUGGAUGUGGAGAGACUCUAUCGCAAGACGUUUUCCCUGCUCAAGAGUGGCUCGACACUGACCUACACGACGUUUUUAAAUCAGCUUAUCGCGAUGCGCUCUACCCAUAGCUGUGAAGUUCUCACCAACUCUAGUGGCAGUAUCACACAUGCUAGAUUUCCUUUCAAUUAUUUUCAACAGCAGUCACAGGCAGGACCACCACAGUCCGGACUGUUAGGUGGUGUUUCAGAAAAUGUUGGGCGACAGAAUACGUUUGAAAGCAAGGGAUACCCAUCUGCCCUCUUUGAUGAACUGUAUAAUGGAGCGCCUAAUUCACUUCAGCAGCCUACAAAUCCCAUGACCGCUCCUGGUGCCUCCACUAACCACUUCAACUACGAACCAUCAUUUGGACAAUCGCGAACCAAUAACAUUUGGGGGUAA